UCACUGACAUACAUUAUAUUGGCCAAAGUAUUGUCCCCACCCUCCCAAUCAUGUGAUUCAGGUGUUCCAAUCCCCUGCAUAUCAUGUGAUUCAGGUGUUCCAAUCCCCUCCCAAUCAUGUGAUUCAGGUGCUCCAAUUCCCCCAUAUCAUGUGAUUCAGGUGCUCCAAUUCCCUCCAUCAUGUGAUUCAGGUGCUCCAAUCCCCUCCCAAUCAUGUGAUUCAGGUGGCCACCUGGGCAAUAAGUCCAUCCGUGACAUUUCCUGGCUACUAAAUAUUCCACGCUCAACUGUUAGUGGGAUUAUAACAAAGUGGAAGCAACUGGGAACAACAGCCACUCAGCCACCAAGUGGUAGGCCACGUCACAUGACAGGGCGGGGUCAGCGCAUGCUGAAGCGCACAGUGCGCAGAAGUCGCCAACUGUCUGCAGAGUCAAUAGCUAAAGACCUCCAAACUUGGUGUGGCCUUCAGAUGAGCCCAACAACAGUGCGUAGAGAGCUUCAUGGAAUGGGUUUCCAUGGCCGAGCAGCUGCAUCCAAGCCUUCCAUCACCAAGUGCAAUGCAAAGCGUCGGAUGCCGUGGUGUAAAGCACGCCGCCACUGGAAUCUAGAGCAGUGGAGGGGUGUUCUCUAGAUGACCAAUCACGCUUCUCUGUCUGUUUUUCAGGGGUUGGGCUUGGCCCCCUAGUUCCAGUGAAGGGGACUCUUAAGGCGACAUUUUUGGACAAUUUCAUGCUCCCAACUUUGUGGGAAGAGUUUGG